AUGUCUUAUCACCAUAAUAAUCAUCAUCGUCACAGAGAUAACUAUAGGUUGCCGGGAAAACGCUUUCCAGACAGAUGGAGCAUCUACGAUAAUGUCGGUCGCGACAUCGACGGCACUCGCUUCGUUCCAUUCAAAACUCCACUCGAUUCUUCGUUCUUUCACGGAAAAGACAUGCCAGAAGAGCUACAAUUCAGUGUUCGAUCGCUGAUGGAGCUGGCGAAAAGAGCAAAUAAACAGAUUGGUCUAGUGGUGGAUCUGACGAAUACCGAUCGAUAUUAUAAGAAGACCGAGUGGGCGGAUCAUGGGGUUAAGUACCUAAAACUCAAUUGUCCCGGUCACGAGGUGAACGAACGCGAGGAUUUGGUCCAGGACUUCAUUAAAGCCGUCAAAGAGUUCGUUGAGGAUCCGGAGAACGAGGGAAAACUGGUUGGCGUACACUGUACACAUGGGCUCAAUCGAACGGGCUAUCUGAUUUGUCGAUAUAUGAUAGAUAUCGAUGGAUAUACGGCGGCCGAUGCGAUAUCCAGAUUCGAAUACUAUCGUGGACAUCCAAUGGAGCGGGAACACUACAAGGUGUCGCUUUACGAGGCAGAAUUGCGAAAAAAUCAGAGAAAGAACGAGGAGGCAUCUGGAGAUUCAGAAGACGUUGUGGAGUCGAAGGAUUCAGAAGAGGCGGCGACGAAAGAUCCAGAAGACGUGAAAGAAGAGGAAUCCGAGGAAAAAUGA